AUGCGCUGGCACGCGCUGAGCAUCCGCAGAAGCUCAUCCGUGGAGCGUGGCGGGGCCAGGCCCGGGCACUGCAGCCUUGAGCACCCUUCCAGGAGCAUCCCCACCCCGCAGUUCUGCGAGGCUGCAGGAGGGGCCUGGGAUGGGAACCACCUGGGUAACCGGGGCAGCGGAGGCCCCUCCUCCCAGGCUCCUCACUUGGAGCCUAGUUCACACCACGCAUCGGUAAACCCCGAUGCUCAGGGACUCGAGCCCUCUGCGGCUCCCGAGCCCUUCGGUGUCACAGGGCAACGGAGCCUCGCCCAGUAG